CCCAGCGGCUCUCCGUAUUUCAGGCCUGGGCGUCGGCAGUACAUUCACGUCCGCUGCGUAUGAGAGAAACAUCACCUCACUCCCAAAUCUGUGUUUAUUUCGUCCAAAAAUAUAAUAUAACUUAUCAAAAUGCUUUCGGCCACGCUCGACAGCAGUGGCUCCCCCAAGAAACGAGCCUUUUCUCGGGCAGUGAGCGAAGACGAAUCCCUCCGAAGCUUUAUUAAGGAGGCUGAGAAUUCAUCCAGGCGUUUGGCAAGAAGUGACAGUCGAGCAGGGACAUUGAAAAAGAGGACUGAGAGUCAGACUGAACAAGAACUCUUCACAGAACUUCCAGAAAUGCUGGAGCUCCAGGCGAGCUAUGAGGAGGCUUUGGCGGAGGUGCGUGGGCUGGAGGUGGAGCGGGACACACUGCUGUUCCAGGUGGACGUUCUGCAGGACUCUCUGGAGGGAGUGGAGGAGCUGCUGGCAGAGGCCCAGAGAGAGGCAGGCGAGGCCAACACCAAGCUGGAGCGAGAACGAGAGGCCCGGAGGAAACUGGAGGGAAUGGUCAGUUCUUUGAUGAAAGAAGUGGAGAGGUUGAAAGAGGAAAGAAACGAUACUUCCGCUGAUAAAGGAAGUCAAACAGAUGAAACAAAGAGUGACACCAUCACAAUGAGACUGCCCUCUGCUGCUGAAGCUGAGGAAAAGCUUCGUAAGUUCGUAAGUAUGUCUCCCAUGCGCUCGCCGUCUCUGGCCUUGGACAGCCCUCCAUGUGAGGAGGGCAUUAUGCAGAGGCCUUAUGAAAACGGUGUGGACGAUGAAAAGACAGACACCGACAGCAUCAGUGCCUACGAGGACGCCCACACCGACACCCCAGACAACGACAGGCUGUUUCCAGGAGAGGGCGCCACCGCAGACCUGCCUCACGAUUCGGAGAGCAUAGACGAAAAGCAGGAGGCAUGUGUGGUUUCUUAAUGCUUUGGUCUAUAUUUUGUUUCUUUGUUGAUAUUAGACGAAGGGCCACUGCAAAAACUGUUUAAGGACAUUUUAGUUAAAGAGGGUGUAUUAUUACUGACCAGCCAGAACCACAUGAUUUGACAAAACUUUACAAAGAUGAGUGAAUCUGAAGCUGUAGCCGGCCUCCCUGAUUUCAGAGAGUGUGAUUACCAGGCGGAUUAACCAAUCAGGGAGAUGCAUGCUCUGUUUGGGUCAAAAACAAACAUGGCUACAUACACAUAAAAAGGAGAAAAUGUACAUAAAGGACUGAGAAACAGUGUGGAUUUUUACAGAAUCAACAAUCGAAGCACGAAACUAUUAUUUGUUUCUUACUUACUUACUUUCACGCUCUGUGGUACGGUUCCAGUCCCUUCUGGUUUUGAACAGAGUGUAGAAGGCAAGGGUUAUUAUACAUUAUAGUUUUCUACCAUGUUAUAACAUUGUUCCCUCAUCAAAAACUUGCCUGUAGAGGUUUUAGAUGGCGUCCAUGCAUGUUUGAGUAAUUUAGCUCUCCUGGGCCUUAUUUGACCCUUCCUUAUAGUUAGCUAUAAGAUUCGAUCCAAUGCUCCACCCACAAACCUACAUCACCCAUGCCUUCACACGACAAUUCACCAUAAACAUACAAAAACAUGAUACAAAAAUGUACACUACAACUUCAUAAGACUGAUGCAUUGUCCAGUGAAGGGGGAUUGACUUGAAAGUGGAGAAGUGAACCAUAGAAGCACCAUUAAAGUAUAAUACCCCCUCUUUAAUGUUGAAAAAUAAAAAACAAAAUAGCUUUAGCGUCUGUUACUUUUCAAAUAAGUCAAAAUAAUAAGGGACCAAUGCGGCUAAGGGAAAAAUAAUGUAAUUGCAGGUAUCAUAAUUCUGACCAAAUGUAAGAAUUUUGUUGUCUACUUAACUAAUUGUUUUUACAGUGGUCCUAAUCUGCAGAUAUUAGUGUUUCUCUUAAAGUUAGAAUUGUUUACCAAGACUGUUAAAAGUUGACUGUAUGUUAAUAAUAAGCAUAUAUUAUAGAAAUCCUUCCCUACGAUGAAUCUCAGGAUCAAAUUUGUGUACUUGCCAAAUUGUCAAUUUUUGUAGAACAAAAUGUUUCUUCGCCUUUUAUGAACUUUCAUUUUUCUUAGAGCAACGGGGGACAUGAAGCAAAAGAUUAAACACACUGUAUCCAAAACACAGUUAAGCUCCAAAGGUAUUCUGCCCUCCAAUGUCAAACAAGGGAAUUUUCUCUGCGUAUUAUCACACUGUACAGUACUGAGCAAAGGUCUUGGAGAUAAAUGUUUGCCAAGGCACUGGUCCUAUCUUACAAUCAAUUAGUUAUGCACAUAUUGCAUAGAGCACGAUUCUUAUCACUAAGGAGAAAUGUAGGUCCUUAGAAUUCUAGUAAAACAACAAUUAUAGUCUGUGUUUAUCAAAUCUAAAUCUUCUUUUCUUCAACACCUUUGCCCAGUACUUUUCUUUUGGCCAAAAAAAUAUGUUCUCCAAAAUAUUUUAUAUAGGUUUUAAAGGGUUUUAAUUUUAUCUGCCUCACGCCAUACUUUUUAUGUUUCUGUUUAGGUUUUAGGGAUAUUGGUUGCAUAAGCACUUUUUAAAAUUGGUGGCAGUAACUUCAAUAUAUAAUACAUUCCUGAAUCCCUUUAAUAAUAACCAAACAUGAUAAAAAGAUUAGUUUUUGUCCUGCAUUUUUGCACAAUUGCAGUGAUAAUAGUCUUUGCUGUAACACUUUGUAUUUGAAUAUCAGUUUUUAAUGUUUUCUAAUAAUCAGUUUUUUUACUGUUCACUUUGUAGCAGUUUGCAUGAGCACAUAAGAUUGUACCUGGAUUUCAGAGCACGUCAUGAAGUAAUAAGUUAUAUAAAUAUUUUUGCACGCAAUUUAAACAGAUGCUGUUUAUUAUUGGGGCUGCACAAUAUUAGGUUACCUAAGUAUAAAAAUCAGGGGUUGAUGUGUGUUAAUUUUGUACAUUUAAUGACUAACCAUAAUUAUCUCUAUGGUUUAUGAAGUUAUGAUCUAUAUUGCUUGCAUAUUUUUAGAAAUAAGUCAUUUUUGUAUCUAGUGAUUAAGAUUUAAGAUGCACCCAAAAUUGAGUUUUCGUGAUAAUUCUCUCAAAAUGCAACCAUGAAAUAGUAUGUGUUCUUAUUUUGAUAUUGUGCAGCCUAAUCCAUAAGACACAAUACUACGAUAAUAUUUAACAUAACACAACUUUAUCUUAAGUACGUUUACUGCCAAACCAUGUCUCAUGUCAUUUCAUUCGGUGGAUGUUCAGAUUAAGGAUGAUGUAGAAGUACUGUUGAUGCAGAGAGCUGUAUGUCAUGUGACUGGGUUCUACACUGUACCUCAGGCUUUUGUUUAUGAUGAUGAUGAUUUUACACUCACAACCUCUAGACUCAAGACUUAAAUUUAUUCAUGCCAAUAGAUACAAGAAAGAAGUUUUGGAGCAUGUCUUUUACCAGGUCUUUUACCUUUUAUCAGAACUGAUCAAGCCUGUGGGAUGGGAAGUGAAGUCUUAACUUACUUAACUUACUAACUUAAAAACUGUUCAUCCAAUUCAUGUUCAACUAAGGCUGGGCAUUAUGGAAAUAAAAAUAUUUAUUUUCUGAUAUAAAUCUAUUGGUUUCUCAUGAACAAAACGAAAAUUGUUUCUUUUUCAAAUACACUGGUUGUAUAACUCUUUAUAAAACAAAACAAACAAGAAAAUACACCAAGCCAAUAAAUGAGACCUUCAAAUGACUAGAUCAAAAUCUUGAGUCAGGUUUGUUUAAAGUAUAUAAAGAUGUGUGCUGUGUAGCUUUUCUGGUGGCGGGUCCAUCAAAUGUUUUUGUAUAGAGGUGUUAUUGCUUUGUCUGGAAUGUUUCACAAUAUGUUAUAAAACCUUUCUAUCUUCAUGGAGACCAAACCAGACCAAGUUACAGGUCAGAUCUGUGGACAGGCAACCCUGCUAAUGGUCAGAAUGCCUGUUUUUCUAGGUAUUUUUACUCUAUAAACCAACCUGUAAUUGAAUACAUAUAAGUCAGAGCCGUUUAAUGUCAUACAGUGGAACUUUCCAGACAGAGCAAUGACACGUCCAAAGCCACAGUCAAGUAACAGACCCUCCACCAAAAAAUAUUAUGCAGUGCACAUUUAAGUGUCCAUUCGUAUAGUCAACAAAUAUUUUUACUUUAGCAUUUAUGAACAGCUGGCCUGUCAGUUGUGAUUGGUUGCAUUUUUAUCAGUUGUGUUUAGAUGUGAACUGAUAACAUGUAUGUGAGUGUGUACAAAAUAAAAAGGGGAACAAAACUGCCUUAAGAAGCGUGUAUGACAUAAUCACAUUUGCUGAAACACUUCCUCUGAGACAAUCCACACUUAUGUCAUUUGAUUUAGACAUUUAUCACAGCUGUCUUACUACUGAAUCUGCCUGACCUCACUUUUUGUAUCAUGAUUUUAAUGUGUCAUUUUUAUUAUUUACCAAAUCACUGAAAAUGUAUGUGUGUUUAUCACUUUAUCCAAGCCUUCAUGUAAAUGUGCUGUUUGUGACAUGAAUGGAGUUGUAAUUAAAACUCAGAAACAUAUCAAAA